AUGCUCAAGAGGUCUUACUUCACCCUUAUAACUGACGCCAGCCUAUUCGGCUGGGGAGCACAACUUCACUCACAGUGGGCCCAGGGCCGUUGGUCCUGCUCCGACCUUUGGCACAAUAUCAACUGGCUAGAGCUCAGGGCCGUACACCUGGCCCUGCGCCAUUUUCACAGCGCAGUAGCAAAGCGUCACCUGUUGGUCCUCAUGGACAAUGUGGCUGCUAAGGUACAUGUGAACCGGCAAGUGGGCACCCGAUUUCAUGCACUCUUGACUGAGGCACUCCUGCUGGGUUCCUGGGCAGAAGCCAUCCUGGCCUCCAUCAAGGCCAACCAUAUUUCAGGAGAGGCAAACACUCAGGCCGACUUCCUGAGCCGGGCGGUGGUGGACCAUUCGGAAUGGCGCCUGCACCCGAGGAUCUUCAGGGUGAUCUGCCAUCACUUUGGAUUGACUCAAGAAAUCGUACUCCCAGAUUUCUGUCCUCACCCAUCUCAUGCCCUGGAAUGGCAAUGGCACCUUCUGGACGUCCGCAUUGCGCUCCAUUACUAUAUCUCACGGACAGCUGCCUUCUGCAACUCUGAGGCCCUCUUUGUCUCCUUCCAUCUUUCUUUCAAGGAAUGGAUUCAUUUUAAAGUGUCUAUAUUCUUGCAGAUAUCCUCUUUUUUUCAUCCAACACAAAGUGAAAUAACAAGCCUUGACAGUGGAAAUAUAGAUGAUAUUUUAAACAAUGCCGAUGUUGCAUUAGUGAAUUUUUAUGCUGAUUGGUGUCGAUUUAGUCAAAUGCUACACCCUAUAUUUGAGGAAGCUUCUAAUGUAGUUAAAGAGGAUUUUCCAGAUAAGAAUCAAGUUGUAUUUGCCAGAGUAGAUUGUGAUCAGUACUCUGACAUAGCUCAAAGGUAUAGGAUAAGUAAAUACCCAACCUUGAAGUUGUUCCGGAAUGGGAUGAUGAUGAAGAGAGAGUAUCGAGGUCAAAGAUCAGUGACAGCAAUAGCAGAUUAUAUCCGGCAACAGAAAAGCAAUCCAAUUAGAGAAGUACUAAGCUUGGAAGAAAUUAACUCUCUUGAUCGCAGUAAAAGAAACAUUAUUGGCUAUUUUGAACAAAAAGACUCUGAUAAUUACAGGAACUUUGAAAGAGUAGCAAGUGUUUUGCAUGAUGACUGUGUCUUCCUAGCUGCAUUUGGGUCUGUUUCCAAACCAGAACGAUUUAGUGGGGACAACAUAAUAUAUAAGCCAACAGGGGAAAAUGCUCCAGAUAUGGUUUACUUGGGUUCUAUGACUAAUUUUGACUUGGCUUAUGCAUGGACUCAAGACAAAUGUGUUCCUCUUGUUCGUGAAAUUACAUUUGAAAAUGGAGAGGAAUUGACAGAAGAGGGUCUUCCUUUCCUUAUACUCUUUCAUAUGAAAGACGAUACAGAAAGUUUAGAAAGGUUCCAACAGGAAGUUGCACGACAGUUAAUAAGUGAAAAAGGUACCAUAAACUUUUUACAUGCUGAUUGCGACAAGUUCAGACAUCCUUUGCUCCACAUUCAGAAAAGUCCAGCAGAUUGUCCUGUUAUUGCUAUUGAUAGUUUUAGACAUAUGUAUGUUUUUUCAGACUUCAAUGAUUUGGCUGUUCCUGGUAAACUCAAGCAAUUUGUACUAGAUUUACACUCUGGGAAAUUGCACAGAGAGUUUCAUCAUGGUCCAGAUCCAACAGAUAUAGCACCUGGUCAGCCACUCCAGGACAUAGUAAGCAGCCCACCAGAGAGUUCAUUUCAGAAGCUAGCACCUAGUGGACAUAGAUACACUUUAUUGCGGGAAAAGGAUGAACUCUGAAGACUUGAAAACAACAUUCAGUCAGCAGUUCUAACUCCUGUGGGGUGGAAAUAGGAAACCUAUAUUUUCUUAAAUUCUGUUUGUUUUAUUUUGAAUAAUAUCUUGUUUUUCUGUGCUCCCUGGGGUUUGUAAAUAUGUGUGGGCCACUUUUGGACAGCAUCUUUCCAAAGUUUUUCUUGCUGCAAAUUGAUGUAAACCUUUUCUAAACAAAUGAAAGUGUUGUCAAUACCAGCAACAUGCUGUUAACUUGCACUAUCCAAUUAAACAAGACUUCUUGUUUUUCAUUGGUGUAAUCUGGUGGUAUGGUUGUCUUACCUUUUUCCUCAAGUGAAUAUAAUUUUGUUAAUUUGCUAUUGAAGGAAUAUCCUGAAUUCUUGGGUGGGGAAUAAAUUGCAAUUUUAAGAAUUUGUGUGAUGCUACCUUACUUAUUUUUUACCAUAUAAUUCAUUUUAAAGUGGAAAUGAAAUGGAGAAAAUGUUCAGUGGGGCCCAUUAUUGUUUGCUGAAGUAUUUGUGACAAUGAGGGAAAAUUGUUAAACACACGUCCUUUAGCUUAAAAAGCAAAAUUACAAUAAAUAGAUUUUGGGAGAGUCCCUCCUUCUCACAUCCCUUUUUUGAGAACUCUCCAUUUUUUUUAAACAGUUAUUAAGUUAACAUAAUAUUCUCUAUCCCAUGACUCCUUAUUUAACUCUAAUUAUGAAUACUCAUAUAUUGAUGAAGUAAUAAUUAAUAGAAAUAUGACUGCAAAAACAAUAUUUUGCCAUUUAUAAAUAGAUGCAUAAUAACAUUUUGAUGUUCAAAACAUUUUUGAGACUAUAAUAGAAAACAUUAGUGGAAAAUCAUCAUUUUUUAAAAUCGAGAAGAUGACAGCAGUUAGCCAAUCUUGAAAAAUCAUCUUGUUAAUAUUUGAAUGAUAGACCACCAAGAAAGGCUAUAGUUAGUCUGGGAAGUUGGAAAAUAAAAAUGGAAGAAGAUAAUUUCAAUACUAUCAUAUUGUUACUGAGAAAAAUAUGUGGUAAUGGAACCACACUCAGUUUAAAAAUAGUUUUAAAUAUAUUAUUAUUGUUAUGGGGUUCUUGGUGUGCUUUGAGCUUGGUUGGUUGUUUGCAGACAUUUCAUUACCCAUCUAAGUAACAUCAUUAAUGCUAGUGAGUGUGAGGAAUGUGAAUGGGGCAAACCUACUCUUGUCUACAGGCAAACAACAAAGCUCAGAGAGCACCAAGGACUUUACAUUUCAAUCUUAUACCACGUCUAUUCUAUUCUAUUAUUAUUAUAUUAAUUACUUGGUUAAUGAAUUUUGAAUGUUCAGAAUCAACUUUAUUUAGAACAUAAUUAUAAUUAUGAUCAGUCUUGAGGCAGAGGCUGAUCAGAAUUUCUAAAAAUAAAUGAAACAUUAGGUUUUUAAAGAGUAUAUAAUCCUAUAAACACAGUCUUAAUUUAUAGUAUACAAUCAAUACAUUUUUAAAUUCCUUUCUGUUUUCAAGAUCAGGGCAUUGUCUUAGAAUACAUGAAAUUACUAUAUUUCCUUCACAAUUAAAACAAUUUGAACUACUGAUAGUUGUGGAUUUCCAUACUACAGGGCUAAAGUGCUGCCCCUUAAUACAGUGUAUGUUUUCAGACAAAUCAGAUUCUUUCUAAUAUUUUGAACUGACAUAUUUCCUCAGUUACAGCAUGCUUUAUUUGUUCUGCAAGUGUUCAUGUGUUAAAAUGUAUGAUAAUAAAUAAUUAUUAGAAUUUUUCAACCAUUUCUUUCAUGCAAAUUGUUAAAUAACAAAUAAUUUUGUGGAACACAUUGUUUGCUCAGUACGCAACACUAUAAUUACAAGUGCCACUGUGUGCAUGCUCCAAAUAAUGUCUAUGGGUCAGCCUGAUUUUUAAAAAUUCAAAUUUUAGCCUUUUAAAAUAUUUUUUUAGUUUUGAUGUUUGUAUCACAGUUGUGAACUACUAAAACCCAUGGAGCUAAUUAAUGAAUAAAAAAGAAAAAAGUUGGACUUUCGAAACCUUUCUUUUUCCCCCCAAGAGAUCACAGUGUUUCUCUGUUAUACAUUAAAAAAAAGUAAGCAAUUUAAUAUUUAUUUUAUUUCAUUUAAUAUUAAUAUAAAAACAGAAUAAAGAACAGCCUGUUGAAUAAA